CGUCGACGCCAUGACCGUUUCAUACUACGACUGGGCCGUGGGGUACACGCCCCCAGAAAUGAAGACAGAGAAGCCGACGCCGCUAGGCUCGGAUGGGUUCACACCGGAUCAACUGCGUAAGAGAGGAUACGGUAAUACCGUAAACGAGUCCUACCCCUCCUACAAGAUCCACUCAAUCGCCCGAUGGGACCCUGCAGAGGAGCUCGAUAAAUAUCUACCUGUAUUCCAGCAGCCUUUCCACCCCCCUGCGGAUCGAAAGGACUUACACCCCCUGAUCGAAUACCACCCUACCGCGUACCGUCUCCCAUAUGGGCACGAAGCCACUCUAUCAGCUCGGCUGGACACCAGCAUUCUGCUUGACCACGACCGUGCUUUGCGAGAGAUGGCCAGGGCUGGUCACCUCCCGUCGAGACACAUACCGCUCUGCACUGACGUCGGGGCCAACGGCUAUUGCCGCCCCUCGACGAAACGGAAGGCCGCUGGAAAAAAGUUCGAGGCCGACCGUUGCGCUAAGGAGCUGGAAAAGCAAGGCGACCCCGCAUCGGUAAACCGUUGCCCAGGCGACAUUAAGUGCGGCUUCAAGUUUCAAGGCUUGUGGCGCAAUUACCUCACCCACCACGACGCCGGCUAUAAGUCCCUCGGGAACGAGUACCGGAAUGCCAUCGCACAGGUCAGGCACUACAUGGUUGAUGUGGGGCAUAGAACUCCCAAGGAAAGAGAGAUUGUGGAAAAUGGUGAGAAGGUUGAUGUUCCUGAAGUCGGCGCGAAGUACGGCUACAUCGUGACCGACGAAGAAGUCGUCCUCAUCAGGCGUGUCCAGGAUGCUCUCGGUCACAACUCGCUCCAAGCUACCGAUGGAAUUCCCCUGCGCGCCACUCCAGGCCUCGCAAUGAAUGGCAUGCUCGCUCUUCUCCUUGUGCACCUGCUGGCUGCAGACACGCGCGGAUGGUGGAUCGAUAAUGAUAGGAACGAUCGCUAA